AUGUGGUCUAUCAAGCAAUAUCGCCAGAUCGGCAAGGAUGUAAACAAGGAGUUCUCUCGGGGAUCUGAACAGGCAAAGACGCCCUCUGCCACGCAACACAGCGCCAAAUCUCAAGAUUCGGUCCAGAAUGACCAGGCUAGGUCAACUGAUGCAGAAUCUAGCGAUCCAAAGCCAUGCGGUGGUAAAAACGACAAAGCCUGGGUCGAUACAGUUGGUGAUGAGGAUCCCCUCGAUCCACGCAAUUGGCCCUUAUCAGCGCGGAUCAAGAAUGUUGCCAUACUGUGCCUUCUGAUCUUCGUCCAAGGUUGGGCAGGAGCCGCAGAGUCCAUCGCGAAUACGGCCAUAACGCAACAGUUUGGGGUCAGCAAGGUCGCCGCGAACUUGACAACGGCCAUGUACACUUUCGGUAUCGGUUCUGGGUCCAUGUUUGCUGGCCCUUUAUCUGAAACUGUUGGGCGAAAUCCGGUGUAUCUUAUUUCGACAUUUUGCUAUCUCUUCUUUGUUUUAGGAUGCGCAUUAACGCCGACAUUUGGCGGCUUGGUCGUCUGUCGAUACUUUGUGGGCUUGUUUUCAAGUGCAACACUGAGCAUCAAUGGCUCCAGUGUGCGAGACCAGUUUCGGCCAGUCAAACGGGCUUUCGUGUUUCCAGUCAUUGCUUGGGCAAAUAUUGCGUCACCUGUGAUUGCACCCAUAGCGGGUGGCUGGAUAGUCCAGAAUCCUAGUCUUGGCUGGAGGUGGACUGAAUGGGUGACCCUGAUCAUAUCCGCCUUUGGUUUCUUGGUGGCGCUCUUCUUCUUGCCAGAGACCUAUCUCCCUGUCUUGCUUGACUGGAAAGCCAGGCAUCUUCGCCGUGUUACGGGAGACGACCGUUACGCAUCUAAGCAUGCUGAGAACUCCGCUUUCUUCAGGAAGAUGAAGGAGGUCUUGCCCAUGCCCGCCAAAUUCUUGUUCCUUGAACCAGUUAUCAGUGUGUUGGGGGGCUAUCUGAUCCUUCUCUACGUUCUACUAUUCAGCUUCCUCUCUGGCUUUGACUAUGUCUUCAAGCAGCCAUACAACGAGACUAGUGGCAUCGAAGGGUCACAUUUUGCUGCUGUGGCAGCUGGGGCUACUGUCUUUACGCUUGGCGCCCCUGGUUUAUACAGCUCGGCACGUAGCAAGACCGAGCAUGUUCAUCGCGCAAAGAUCGCGCCAGAGUUCAGGCUUUGGCCCGCAAUAAUAGCAGGCCCCCUAUUGCCUGUGGCCCUGUUCUGGCUUGGCUGGACCAACUACAGCACCAUUUCAGAAUGGAGUGGUAUUGGUGCCUGCUUCUUGUUCGGCAUGGUGCUGACCGCGAUAUAUGUCUCAAGCUACGAGUACAUCGUGGACAGUUAUGGUGACCAUUCAGCCAUAGCACUGGCUAGCAUCACGAUGGCGCGAUACUUCAUCGCUGGUGGGAUGAUUUUGGCCACCCGGCCAAUGUAUGAAGGCAUUGGUGUUCAUUGGACUAUGACGUGGCUCGGAUGUGUCGCGGUUAUCCUCGCGCCGGCGCCGCUCCUGUUUUGGAAACUGGGUCCCAAGAUAAGAAAAAAGAGUCCAUAUGCCACAGAUCAGUCUGUAUGA